CGGAUCUCGUUGCGGCUCCUGCCGGCUUGGGGCCGCCAGGCAUCCGAAGUAGCGAGUUGUGUGGCGACGCUGCGAUCUGGCCCAGCCAUGGACCGGAAGGUGGCUCGAGAGUUCCGGCACAAGGUGGAUUUUCUGAUUGAAAAUGAUGCGGAGAAGGACUAUCUGUAUGAUGUGCUGCGGAUGUAUCACCAAACCAUGGAUGUGGUCGUGCUUGUGGGAGACCUGAAGCUGGUCAUCAAUGAGCCUAGCCGCCUGCCGCUGUUUGACGCCAUCAGGCCCCUGAUCCCACUGAAGCACCAGGUGGAAUACGACCAGCUGACCCCCCGGCGUUCCAGGAAGCUGAAGGAGGUGCGUCUGGACCGUCUGCACCCUGAAGGCCUCGGCCUCAGUGUUCGUGGGGGCCUCGAGUUCGGCUGUGGGCUCUUCAUCUCCCACCUCAUCAAAGGGGGUCAGGCUGACAGUGUCGGCCUCCAGGUAGGGGAUGAGAUCGUCCGGAUCAAUGGAUAUUCCAUCUCCUCCUGCACCCAUGAGGAAGUCAUCAACCUCAUCCGCACCAAGAAGACCGUGUCCAUCAAAGUGAGACACAUCGGCCUGAUUCCUGUGAAGAGCUCUCCUGAUGAACCCCUCAAAUGGCAGUAUGUGGAUCAGUUUGUGUCAGAAUCUGAGGGUGGGCGGAGCAGCCUGGGCUUCCCCGGCAGUCGGGAAAACAAGGAGAAGAAGGUCUUCAUCAGUCUGGUAGGAUCCCGGGGCCUUGGCUGCAGCAUUUCCAGUGGGCCCAUCCAGAAACCUGGCAUCUUUAUCAGCAAUGUGAAGCCUGGUUCCCUGUCUGCUGAGGUGGGGCUGGAGACAGGGGACCAGAUUGUCGAAGUCAACGGCAUCGACUUCUCCAACCUGGACCACAAGGAGGCCGUCAACGUGCUGAAGAGUAGCCGCAGCCUGACCAUCUCCAUUGUAGCUGGAGCUGGCCGAGAGCUGUUCCUGACAGACCGGGAGCGGCUGGAGGAGGCACGGCAGCGCGAGCUACAGCGGCAAGAGCUUCUCAUGCAGAAGCGGCUGGCAAUGGAGUCCAACAAGAUCCUCCAGGAGCAGCAGGAGAUGGAACGACAAAGAAAAAAAGAAAUUGCCCAGAAGGCAGCAGAGGAGAAUGAAAGAUACCGGAAGGAGAUGGAACAGAUUGUGGAAGAGGAGGAGAAGUUUAAGAAGCAGUGGGAAGAAGACUGGGGCUCAAAGGAACAGCUGCUCUCAUCUAAAACCAUCACCGCUGAGGUGCACCCAAUACCCCUUCGCAAGCCUAAGUCCUUUGGGUGGUUUUAUCGUUACGAUGGCAAAUUCCCAACCAUCCGGAAGAAAGGAAAGGAUAAGAAGAAAGCCAAGUAUGACAGCCUGCAAGAGUUGAGAAAGAAUAAGAAGGAACUAGAGUUUGAGCAAAAGCUUUACAAAGAGAAAGAGGAAAUGCUGGAAAAGGAAAAACAACUGAAAAUCAACCGGCUGGCCCAGGAGGUGUCCGAGACAGAGCGGGAAGACCUUGAGGAAUCGGAAAAGAUUCAGUAUUGGGUGGAAAGGCUCUGUCAGACACGCCUUGAGCAGAUUUCCUCUGCUGAUAAUGAGAUUUCAGAGAUGACCACGGGGCCCCCGCCUCCCCCGCCUUCUGUGUCUCCCCUGGUCCCACCCCUGAGACGCUUCGCAGGCGGGCUGCACCUCCACACCACUGACCUGGAUGACAUCCCCUUGGACAUGUUCUACUAUCCCCCCAAGACUACCUCGGCCUUGCCUGUGAUGCCCCACCCCCCACCCUCCAACCCAUCCCCCAAGAUCCCCGCGCCCCCUGUCCUUCCCUCAUCAGGCCGUGUGAAUGCCUCUUCUUCACCCUGGGUCCAACGCACUCCACCCCCCAUUCCCAUCCCUCCCCCACCAUCUAUCCCCACCCAAGACCUGACUCCUACCCGCCCGCUACCCUCGGCACUGGAAGAGGCACUGGGCAACCACCCCUUCCGUGCUGGGGACACAGGAAAUCCAACAGAGGACUGGGAAGCAAAGAACCACAGUGGGAAGCCCACUAAUUCCCCUGUCCCUGAACGGAGCUUCCCACCCACCCCAAAGACAUUUUGCCCAAGCCCACAGCCUCCACGAGGCCCUGGCGUGUCCACCAUCUCCAAACCUGUCAUGGUCCACCAGGAGCCCAACUUCAUCUACAGGCCAGCUGUGAAAUCCGAGGUCCUGCCACAGGAGAUGUUGAAGAGGAUGGUGGUUUAUCAGACCGCGUUCAGACAAGAUUUCCGGAAAUAUGAGGAAGACUUUGACCCCUACUCCAUGUUCACCCCAGAGCAGAUCAUAGGGAAGGAUGUCCGCCUCCUGCGCAUUAAGAAGGAGGGAUCCUUAGAUCUGGCCCUGGAAGGCGGUGUGGACUCCCCGGUCGGAAAGGUGGUCGUCUCAGCUGUGUAUGAGGGGGGAGCUGCUGAGCGGCAUGGUGGCAUUGUGAAAGGGGAUGAGGUCAUGGCGAUCAAUGGCAAGAUUGUGACGGACUACACCCUGGCUGAGGCAGAGGCCACCCUGCAGAAGGCCUGGAGUCAGGGGGGCUUCUCCCCACAGGACUGGAUCGACCUUGUUGUUGCCGUCUGUCCCCCCAAGGAAUAUGAUGACGAGCUCUCUUCUCUUACCUCCUCUGCAGCCGAAAGCCCCCAGCCGGUCCGAAAGUUCCUUGAAGACCGUGCUCCUGUGCAUAGACACAGGUUCCUCCUGCAGCUGGAGCCUGGCAGCCCCCCACGGUGA